CCCUCUCUCUCCCUCUUUCUGUCUGUUUCUCUCCCCUCCCUCUCCUUCCUGCUUCAUCUCUUCAAGAAAGUGAACAUAAAGUAAAAGCACGGAGAGAGAGAGGCAGAGAGAGAAAAAGCUCCCUGAAGAGGGAAGCCCCAGCAGCCAGUAGCUGUUUGGAUUUGCCUUGCGCUGCCUUUCUUGCUUUGCUCCCAAGGAAUACCUUUAAUGGGAUCAUUUGCUUCAGUUCCUUUAUAACCAAGUCCACCGGAAAGGCAGACUCAACAUAUUAUGGGCAACUGUGUGAAGUCUCCACUGAGAAACCUCUCGAAAAAGAUCCGCCAUGAGGAGAAGACGUGCUAUAAGGCUGUCCAGACGAGCGAAGAGGGGCCAUCGGAGUACCAGGGUCCGCUCAUGGUGCUGGCCCAGAACUGCGCCGUCAUGCACAACCUGCUGGGGCCAGCAUGCAUCUUCCUGAGGAAGGGCUUCGCAGAAAACAGGCAGCCUGAUAGAGAACUGCGUCCAGAAGAAAUUGAAGAAUUAAGAGAAGCCUUUAAGGAGUUUGAUAAAGACAAGGAUGGGUUUAUUAACUGCAGGGACCUGGGGAACUGCAUGCGAACAAUGGGCUACAUGCCUACUGAAAUGGAGCUCAUAGAACUCUCCCAGCAGAUCAACAUGAACUUGGGCGGCCAUGUGGAUUUUGAAGAUUUCGUUGAGCUGAUGGGACCAAAGCUGCUGGCAGAAACUGCAGACAUGAUUGGUGUAAAAGAGCUCCGUGAUGCCUUCAGAGAGUUUGACACUAAUGGUGAUGGGGAGAUCAGCACCAGUGAGCUGCGAGAAGCCAUGAAGAAGCUUCUAGGGCAGCAGGUGGGUCAUCGGGAUAUUGAAGAGAUCAUCCGGGACGUGGAUCUGAAUGGAGACGGGCGUGUUGACUUUGAAGAGUUUGUUCGCAUGAUGUCCCGUUGAAGAUUAUUCUCAGCUAAAGAAAAAUCAGCACCUUAGAGAGGGCAGAAGAGGACCUAGAUGGAGCAUCUAGCCCCGAUGUUCCCACAAGAAGGUUUAUCGGCUGGCUGCAAAUGGGACAUUGCAAGAUGACCUGCUGCUCCUCCCUCACGGUGGUCCCCAUGCCCCUCCACCCUUUCACACUGUGAAAGACUUACAACUUCCUACAACUGGAACCAUUCCUUUGAGAUGAUUGCAGGAAACUGCAGAGCCAGGACUUGCCAUGAUGCUUUCAUGGGUUAUUUGCAACUUUAGACUUCUCCUCCCCAGCUUUAUUCUCCCACCAGCUGCUGCAAAGCAAGAGCAGGAGACAUCCUCUUGGCUUGGUGGAUGAGAGCAAAGCCAUUGGAACUGGUGGCAGCCUCAGGGCGUGCUCUGCACUUCUUGGUUUCCCUUGGUGAACCCUGUCUGUGUUUGCUGUCUAUGUGUGUGUGUCUAUCUGUGUGAGUUAUUUAUGCUUCCUCAGCACAAAUUUGCAUCUCCCGUGGUUAUGUUUACCAAAAGUAAAUUCAAAUACAUGUCUUGUGGGGGGAAAGCGAUAAAUAUGCACGCUGAAAUGAUGUGGAGCGUGGAUGUCCAU